AUGGCGACCAGCCCGCUGCCCGGCCCCACCGAUAUCUUGCUGCCGUCGCCGUCCAGCGCGUACCCGCCGGACCCCAUGAACCAGCCGAGGGCCGGCCACGCCGCCAUGAAGCCCAACCAGGUGGGGCAGGUGAUCCUCUACGGCAUCCCGAUCGUCUCCCUGGUGAUCGACGGGCAGGAGCGGCUGUGCCUGGCUCAGAUCUCCAACACCCUCCUCAAAAACUUCAGCUACAACGAGAUCCACAACCGGCGGGUGGCCCUGGGCAUCACCUGCGUGCAGUGCACGCCGGUGCAGCUGGAGAUCCUGCGGCGGGCCGGGGCCAUGCCCAUCUCCUCCCGCCGCUGCGGCAUGAUCACCAAGAGGGAGGCAGAGCGGCUCUGCAAGUCCUUCUUGGGGGAGAACCGGCCCCCCAAAUUGCCGGAUAACUUCGCCUUCGACGUAUCCCACGAGUGCGCAUGGGGAUGCCGCGGGAGCUUCAUCCCGGCCCGCUACAACAGCUCCCGGGCCAAGUGCAUCAAGUGCAGCUACUGCAGCAUGUACUUCUCGCCCAACAAGUUCAUCUUUCACUCCCACCGCACCCCCGACGCCAAGUACACCCAGCCCGACGCCGCCAACUUCAACUCCUGGCGCCGUCAUCUGAAGCUGACCGACAAGAGCCCCCAGGAUGAGCUGGUCUUCGCCUGGGAGGAUGUCAAGGCCAUGUUCAACGGCGGAAGCCGCAAGCGCGCCCUGCCGCCGGCCCCGCCGGCCCCCGCCGCCGCCGCCCCCGCCGCCUGCCACCCGCUGGGCUCGGUGAAGGCGGCGGCGGUGGUGGGCGGCGGGCUGCUGAGCCCGCACCUCCUGGCCGCCCCUCCCGACCUGCACCAGAAGCGGCCGCGCUUCGAGGAGGACGAGGAGCUGCAGGAGGCGGUGGCGGCGGCGCACGGCGGCAAGAGCCCGCGGAGCUACCCCGUCAUUCCGGUGCCCAGCAAGGGCUCCUUCGGAGGCAUGCUCCAGAAGUUCCCCGGCUGCGGCGGGCUCUUCCCGCACCCCUACGGCUUCCCCGCCGCCGCCUUCGGGCUUUGCCACAAGAAGGAGGAGGGCGGCGGCGGUGAUGCCCUCGGCGGGGCGGCCGCGCACAAGGCCGGCGGGGCGGCGGCGGCGGCGGGCGGCGGGCUCUCGGGGCUCUUCUGGCCGGGCAGGAAGGACGCCGCCUUCUACCCGCCCUUCUGCAUGUUUUGGCCGCCGCGCACCCCGGGCGGGCUGCCGGUGCCCACCUACCUGCAGCCGCCGCCGCAGCCCCCCGGCGCCCUGGGAUGCUCGCUGGGAGGGGACGGGGCGGGCCUGCUGCGCCAGGCUUUCCUGGACCUGUCGGAGCCCGGCGGCGAGGCGGGGCCCCCCGCCUCGCCCGCCGCUUCCGACGGGGGCAGCGGCGGCGGCGGCGGCGGGCGGGUGCCCCCGCAUCACCCGCACCUGCUGGAGGCGGCGGGCGGGCGCAAGGCGGGCGGAGGGUACCACCACUCCAGCGCCUUCCGCCCGGUGGGCGGCAAGGAGGACUCGGAGAGCCUGGCCAAGCUGCACGGCGGCGGCGGCGGCCCCCCGCGCUCCGCCUCGCCGCUGCAGCUGCUGCUGCCGCCGCCGCCGCCGCCGCCCCCCGAGGAUGCGGGAUGCGAGAGGCACCCGCACCCUCCGCACGCCGCGCACCGCCUCCUCUCCCCCGGAGGCACUAGCUGCAGCUUCGCCAGCGAAGAGAGCAGCGAGGAGGAGGAGGACGAGGAGGAGGAAGACGAGCCCGAGGUGGACGUCGAGGGGCACAAGCCCCCCGAGGAGGAAGAAGAAGACGAGGAGGAGGAGGGCGAGGAAGAGCCCCGCGGCGGAGACCCCUUGGCGGCCGGCGGCCGCUUUCCACCCGCCCGGGGGCUGCCGGAGAAGGGCGGCCGGGAGCGCCCCACCGCUGGCCCCUUCCCCCGUCCGCCCGUCGAGGAGAAGCCGGGGGACGGUCAAGCCCCACCGCAGCCGCCUGCGGGAGCCCCGAGGGCGGGCAGCGGCGGCAGCAGCCCAGCACAUCACCCGGCACCCGAGGAGCAGCCCCUCUACAAGGAUAAUCAGAAGAGCAAGGAGGGUAAUCAGGUCAUCCUGCCUACGAAAGAGGACACCUUCUCAGAUAAGAACAAGGAGCAUAAUUUUUUCAUCACAGAUUCAGAGCCUUCAGGAGGAGACUUCUGGAGAGAUAUAGCAGGAGAACACACACAAGAAACCAAUUCACCUCAUUCUCUGAAGAAGGAUGUGGAAAAUAUGGGGAAAGAGGAACUCCAGAAGGUUCUGUUUGAGCAGAUUGACCUACGGAGGAGGCUGGAACAGGAAUUCCAGGUGUUGAAAGGAAACGCGUCGUUCCCAGUCUUCAAUAAUUUUCAAGAUCAGAUGAAGCGGGAACUGGCGUACAGAGAAGAAAUGGUGCAGCAGCUACAAAUCAUUCCCUAUGCAGCAAGCUUGAUCAGGAAAGAAAAGCUCGGUGCACACCUCAGCAAAAGCUAA